CAACUCUUACCACACACUUUCAUCUUCGUGCGGUUGCCCGUCUGUAUCCCACGGACUCCCGGCCUGGCGUGGAUGAUCUCAAGAUGUCUUUCUGGGGUCCGCAUACACUCGCGAUUAUACAUACAAACUUCUAAGCCGAGAGGUCGCCUCUUACUCCAGCUCCGCGCGAGUACACGUUCUUUGCGGCAUAGCUCGGGAACAGUGGAGUCACCCCAGACUAUGGCCGCUGCUUUGACUUGUUUAUUAUGUCUAUCAAUGGCCUCGGCACUUGGCGGUUUUGUUUCUCACAUCCCAAUCACUGCGCGACGCCAGAAGUGUACCUUCAAGGCUUCUUCCGACCUCAUCGCAGAGCAUACUUUCUGGAUACAUCGCGAACAAAACGUCGCGAAAUGACCCCAGAAGGGCUGUCUAGCCUAAGAUUAACUCACGUGUAUCGAGCGCUCGACCGAUAGCUUGUAACAAUGGCUUGCGUUUGUGGCCAUUGC